AAGUCUUAUUCUCGUUUUAGACUAAUUAAUAUGAAUGGUGUCAUGGAUUUAUCUUGCAUGGAAUUAGCGUUACAGGGAGAGCAAUUCUGCAAAAAUGGUGACUGCAGGUCUGGCGUAGAAUACUUUGAAGCUGCCAUUAAAGUUGGCACGGAAGAUUUAAAAACUUUAAGUGCUGUGUAUAGCCAGUUAGGGAAUGCAUAUUUUUAUUUGCAAGAAUAUGAAAAAGCACUCGAGUUUCAUAGACAUGAUUUGACACUAGCCAGGACAUUGGGAGAUCGUUUAGGUGAAGCAAAAGCUAGUGGUAAUUUAGGCAAUACAUUAAAAGUUCUUGGGAAGUUUGAUGAAGCUAUUUUCUGCUGUACACGACACUUGGAUACAUCACGUGAACUGAAGGAUAAGAUCGGAGAAGCCCGUGCAUUAUACAAUCUUGGUAAUGUAUACCAUGCAAAAGGAAAACAUCUCGGAAGAAGUAGACACCGGGAUCCUGGCAAUUUUCCAUUUGAAGUCCAACAAGCUCUCGAAAGAGCAGUUGAAUUUUAUGAAGCUAACCUAAUCCUUGUGAAUGAACUUGGCGACAGAGCUGCUGAAGGUCGUGCAUAUGGUAAUCUAGGAAACACACAUUAUCUUCUCGGUAAUUUUGAUAAAGCUGUUCAAUAUCACGAAGAGAGGUUGUUGAUUGCUCGAGAAUUUCAAGAUAAAGCUGCUGAAAGAAGAGCAUUUAGUAAUCUUGGAAAUGCACAUGUGUUUCUUGGUGAAUUUGAAAUAGCUGUUGAAUAUUAUAAAAAAACAAAAGAGUUAGCUCAAGAACUGAAUGACAAAGCAAUUGAAGCACAGGCUUGUUACAGUCUAGGGAAUACAUGUACAUUAUUAAAGAGAUACAAUUUAGCAGUCGAUUAUCAUCUGGAACAUUUAAAUUUUGCAAAAACUCUGAAAGAUAGAGUUGGCGAAGGCAGAGCAUAUUGGAGUCUGGGCAAUGCAUAUACUGCUUUAGGUCAGCAUAGUGAGGCUUUAACAUAUGCAGAAAAACAUUUAUUUGUCUCUAAGGAGGUGGGUGAUCGAACUGGUGAAUUGACAGCAGAAAUGAACAUCGUCGAUUUAAAAGCUGUACUUGGUCUUGAUACUAGAAAAGAAUCUUCUUUAUCGGCAGACGAUGUGCAGAAAUUAUUUAGCCCUGGUAAUGGAGCAAACUAUGUAGGGACAGACUCGUCUGAUGUAACAGUGGGGCUAAUAGAGCAACAGCAGCGGAAUAACUCUGGUGUUAAAAAAGAAGGACCAGGCGAAGACUUUUUCGAUUUACUUUAUAAGUCCCAAAGUUCACGUUUAAACGACCAACGCUGUGAGUUUCCAAUGCGCAUAAAUAUGGUUGGUGGAAAGAAAUAUACAACUUCGGUGGCGCCAAAAAAACCGGUAGCGCCAACGGUUAGUGUAAACGCUGACUCUUUUAUGGAUAUGGUUGUAAAGAUGCAAGGAGACCGUAUGGAUGAACAGCGCUCCGCACCUCCCGAACUUCCUGGACUUGCUCCGCAAGUUAAAGAGAGACUUCUACAGAAUCAAAAUGAAAAAAGAGAAAUACCUGAUGAUAAGUUCCUUGACAUGCUGAUGCGAAGUCAGUCUACACGAAUAAACGAUCAGCGAUGCGAUUUCCCACCCGUACCGCGUGGGCCAACCGUUCCUGACGAAGAUUUCUUUAACCUAAUCGUAAGGUUACAAUCGAAACGAAUCGAUGCGCAACGAGUUAGUUUUGAUGCACGAAAACACAGCUUUUAAUUUAUUAGGUCCUAUUAAUGUUACCCUUCGUUACUACAACGAAUUAAUGUUUGGAUACUUCUAACAUGCGUGGCGAAGGAUUCUUAUCCACCAACAAGCAUGCAGAACCCCUCAGUUUACUCUAAAAUCGUUCAACGAUCAAUCGCUUAAUAGAAACAACAGUUCAAAUGGUUCAUAACUUCUCGUAACCGUAAUAAUGUAACGAAGCAAAGAUGGUGGCCGUCUUCAAUUUGGGCGUGGCUACUCGUGGAACAGUAUACUGUCUAACUGUCAAUAUUAGUGAAGAAAUUUUUACUACCUUAUCGACCCAAAUUUUGUGAACCGAAGUUUUCAUGUGACACACUUAUUCGUCGAUUUUAGUUCUUUCACCUAAACAAAAUUUAUUCGCUGAUUGAUAUGUGUUGUAUGAGGUGUCGGAAGGUCAGGUUUUUUGGCAUUUCCUUAAUUAAUGAUUUAAGAAUUCGUUAAUCUGAUUCUCCCUCAUCCCUAUCUUUCGCCACUUUUAUAUACGGGGCCUAACAAAAUUUUAGUCACCCUGAGUCGACAAAGUGUGAGUCGGUAAGGCAUCUCUUUGUCUACAAAUUAUUUAACUAAUAGUUCUAUAUAUAUAAUAGCCUAGGUGUAGGUAAAUAAUGAUGAGAAUUAAUGUGUACAUAAGUAUAAUUAUUUUCGUUAUGAAAACGCUCUUAUUUAUUUCUCAAUUUAAUCACUCUGUUUUGUAAUUUUUUGAUUUGCUAUAGCAGUUGUCACUGCAAGAAAACGAACUACAGUCUUCGGUUAUCCGUUGACUAAUAAUUCAGCUUCUCGCCCUCCUGCUACAUUGAUGGACACGCAUGCUGGAACAGUGCACUUACAAAAAGUCAAUAUUGGGUCCAGGAGGGCGAGAUAGUAUUCAAUAAAGUAAAGCAUUUGUAUUGUUUUUUUUUACUUUUAUCUUUGGGUUAGUGUCGAAUAUGCUUUGCUUGGUUUAGAUAACUAUAUCGUAUUGCCUGCAGAAAGUUGGGAAUAUAAUUUAGUAAUAUAACAUCAGAUGUUUAUUUCGUUUGACAUUAAAGUUGCGAGGUUUUUUUCUUUUUCGGACUCGCUUAUCUUUUGUCUCAUUUAAUCAAAUUUAUUUUGUUUUGGUGUAUAUAUGUAUAACCUCUGUUGCUUUACGGUACCUCAAAUUAUAAAUAGUUGUUUCCAUGUUUUUACUAAUUAUAAAUUUAUAGUUAGAUCACAGCCUGUGUGCCAGGGUGCUGUAAAUAAGCGUUAAUUACGUAAUUAUCCUUGUUGUUGGCACACAGGCUAAUGCAUUGUAAAAAACUGUUUAUUAUGAUUUUAUAGUUCGUUUUUAUCGUUUUAAUUUUGUAGUAGUUAUUAUUUUUCAUGGAAAUUUCGUGUUUUUAAGCAAAUAUGACAUAUAACUGGAA